GACCUAUCAUCGGAAAGACGAUUGACAGUGCUAAGGAGUAUGAGGGACUCUACUACUUUGAGGAGGCUAAUGGGGAGAUGCAGAAAAACAAAACAACACAGAAAUACUUAUUUACUCAAGAAAGCCAAACACAAAGAACAGGGAGAGUCUCAUACUUGAGGCACCAAAAGAGUUGGAACUGGUGAUAGCUAUGAGCAACCAUGAGUCCACGCCUAAUCCCGAUCAGGUAAUAGAUGGUCAUGAGCUCCCUUCUGAUAAGCCCGUACUUGAUGACAUCAAUUUACCCAUUGCAGUCAGAAAACAAACUAGGUCAUGUACUCAAUAUCCCUGGUCAAAAUACAUGUCUUAUAAAAUUCUUGUCUACAGAAUAUCAUGCUUUUACUUCUAACCUUGACAGGAUAAAAAUUUCAAAGAAUAUCCAGGAAGCCUUAGAGAUUCCUAAAUGGAGGGAAGCUGUCAUAGAGGAAAUGUAAGCUUUGGAAAAGAAUGGAACUUGGGAUGUUAUGAAUUUGCCGAGAUGGAAGAAGUUGGUUGGUUGUAAAUGGGUCUUCACAGUGAAAUAUAGAGCUGAUGGGACAGUUGAACGAUAUAAAGCUAGACUCGUUGCAAAAGGGUUUACACAAAUCUAUGACAUUGACUAACAGAGACAUUUACACCAGUGGCAAAAUUGAAUACAGUUCGAGUACUCCUGUCCUUGACAGCUAAUUUAGAUUGACCACUACAACAACUCGACAUUAAGAAUGCAUUUCUAAAUGGCGAGUUAGAAGAAGAAGUCUACAUGACGAUACCACUAGGUUUCAGUAAGAAAAGUGAAGAAAACAGAGUAUGUAAACUUAAAAGGUCCUUGUAUGGACUCAAGCAAUCUCCCAGAGCAUGGUUCGACAAAUUUGCGAAAGUGAUAAAGAAUCAAUGAUAUCAAUAAGGGCAAUCAAAUCACACUAUGUUUUUCCAACAGUUUGAAAGUGGUAAGAAAACAAUUUUGAUAGUGUAUGUUGAUGAUAUAAUCCUAAUUGGAGAUGAUACAGUGGAGAUGGAAAGAUUAAAGAAAGUCCUAGCUUCUGAGUUUGAAGUUAAAGAUUUGCGACAAAUGCGGUACUUCUUGGGAAUGGAAGUUGCUAGAUCAGCAAAGGGUAUCAGUGUCUCUCAGCGAAAGUAUAUCCUUGAUCUCCUAACCGAAACUGGCAUGCUUGGAUGCAAACCUAGUGAAACCCCGAUUGAAGUAGUAAAAAGGGUCGAAGACUGCGGAAUACCAGUUAAAAAGGAGAGGUAUCAGAGAUUGGUUGGUAAACUAAUUUACCGAUUGCAUACCAGACCUGACAUUACAUUUGCGGUAAGUGUGGUAAGUCAACACAUGCAUUCACCAAAAAAGACUCACCUAGAUGCUGUGUAUAAGAUCCUUAGGUACUUCAAGGGUUCUCCGGGUAAAAGACUCUUUUUCAAGAAAUGUGAAAGCAAGGAAGUAGAAAUUUUCACAGAUGCGGAUUGGGCAGGAUCAACGGAAGAUAGAAGGUCUACCACUAGAUAUUGCACCUUUGUAUGGGAAAAUUUGGUAACUUGGAGGAGCAAAAAACAGAAUGUAGUGGCUCAAAGCUGUGUUGAAGCUGAAUUCAGGGCAGUUGCACAAGGGAUAUGUGAAGGGCUGUGGUUACUGAAACUCUUGGAAGAAUUACAAAUCCCGGUGAAAUUCCCUAUCAAACUCUAUUGCGACAACAAAGCAAUCAUCAGUAUCUCUCUCAAUCCAGUUCAAGAUGACAGGACUAAGCAUGUAGAAGUGGACCAACAUUUUAUCAAAGAGAAGGUUGAAGAAGGAACCAUCUAUUUGACUUAUGUACCUACCAAGGAACAAACUGCAGACAUCUUUAUUAAAGGGCUAGCCCACCAGAGCUUUGAUGAUUUCAUUUGCAAGUUGGAUAUGAUCAAUAUUUAUGAUCCAACUUGAAGGGGAGUAUAGAAAUCCCGAGUAUCUUCGAAUAUCUUGGAGUAAUUUAGGGAAGUAUAUAUUGUAUAUUAUUGAGAGAGAUUUGUUUAGGAGACUAUUUCCAUAUUUAGAUCUUUGGAUUGUAUUAUAAAUAUUGUAAAUUGGUCUAUACAAAAUUAUUCAAGAAGUACAGAAAUUUCAUUCUGUUUUUAAAA